AUGGCUUCCAGUUUCCGCCAUACUAUUCCCUCUGAUCGCUUCCCUGUCGAAAAGGGUCGCUAUGUCUUGUACAUCAACUACAUCUGUCCCUGGGCCCACCGAUCCAUCAUCGUCCGUGUGCUGAAGAAGCUCGAGGACAUUGUUGAGCUGGUGGAAGUGGAUGAUCGAGAUGUAGUCCAUGGCUGGUCGUUUUCAGGGCGAAGCGGACCCAGCAAAGACCCCAUAUACGGCGUCAAGACCUUGAAAGAGAUUUACCAGAAGGCAGACCCCAAUUAUGACGGGAGGGUAACUGUUCCGCUGUUGUGGGACAAGAAGCAUGGCACUGCUGUCAACAACGAAAGCACAGAUAUCGCUCGCAUGCUAAUCGACGGCUUUGACGCUCUCCUGCCGCCCGAGCAACGUGAGGCGAACAAAGGCAUUUCAGCCUUCAGACCAUCACACAUCGUUCCUGAAAUCGACGCUCUAAACUCCUGGAUGUACGACACGGUAAACAAUGGCGUGUACAAGAUCGGUUUUGCAUCAUCUGUGCAAUCAUACAAUGAGCACCUACGACAGCUCUUCCAGACCUUGGAUCGUCUUGAAAUCCAUCUCUCACAACCUCAGCACCAUCCCUAUCUUUUCGGACAACACAUUACCGAGUCGGACAUAUAUCUUUUCACGACACUGAUACGAUUCGACGUGGCGUAUUACCCCUUCUUCAAGUGCAAUCUAAGAAUGAUUCGCCGCGACUAUCCCUGCCUGCAUGCUUGGUUGAGGCAGCUAUAUUGGAAUACCGGACCGGAAACCUGCGGUGGUGUGUUUAGAUCUAGCACAAAUUUUGACGAAAUUGCCAGAGGAUACAGUUCUGCGGUGGGAAGAGGUGCUGCCCCGAAAGUAGUUGUUCCACCGAUAAUGCCCUUAUAA